CCUCUUUGAGUCGAACUGAGGCUUUCGGGACGGCGGCGGGAAGAUGGCGGCCCCCAGGGACGAACCUGGAUCCGUGGAGGCAGAGGGCAGCUCCGGUCGCCAGGGGAGCUCGGGAGUCAAGGUGGUGCUUCCCUCCGAUCUAGCCACCCCCGCCCCGCUGUGUCCUCACGGACCCACUCUUCUGUUUGUAAAGGUGAACCAAGGGAAAGAAGAAACACGGAGAUUUUAUGCCUGCUCAGCUUGUAGAGAUAGAAAAGAUUGUAAUUUUUUUCAAUGGGAAGAUGAGAAGUUGUCCGAAGCCAGACUUGCUGCCCGAGAAGCUCACAACCAAAAAUGUCAGCCCCCUUUAUCCCGAUCGCAGUGUGUGGAAAGGUACUUGAAGUUUACUGAGUUGCCCUUGUCUCAGAGAAGGUUCUGUCAAGGAUGUCAGCAGUUGCUGCUGCCAGACGAUGGGGAGCAGCAUCGUGAGCAUCAGGUCGUGGGUGACAUUUCUAUCACCCAGUUAAAAAGGCCCAGUCAACUCCUUUAUCCCCUGGAAAACAAGAAGACAAAUGCCCAGUAUUUGUUUACUGAUAGGAGCUGUCUGUUCUUGGUAGACCUGCUCUCUGCCCUCGGCUUCAGGAGAGUCCUGUGUGUGGGGACGCCAAGGUUGCAUGAGCUGAUCAGGUUGAAAGCAUCAGGGGACAAGAAGUCUAACAUUAAAAGCCUUUUAUUGGAUAUUGACUUUCGGUAUUCACAGUUUUAUAUGGAAGACAGUUUUUGCCAUUAUAACAUGUUUAACCAUCACUUCUUCGAUGGAAAGGCUGCCCUUGACGUGUGCAGAACGUUUCUCCAGGAAGAUAAAGGUGAAGGAGUCAUUAUGGUGACAGAUCCUCCCUUUGGUGGCUUGGUUGAACCUCUGGCUGUUACAUUCAAGAAGUUAAUUGCUAUGUGGAAAGAAGGUCAAAGCCAAGAUAACGGUCACAAAGAAUUACCCAUAUUCUGGAUUUUCCCCUAUUUUUUCGAAGCCCGAAUUUGUCAGUUUUUCCCAAGCUUCUGCAUGCUGGAUUACCAGGUAGAUUAUGAUAAUCAUGCACUUUAUAAACAUGGAAAGAGAGGGCGGAAACAAUCUCCUGUGCGGAUUUUCACCAAUAUCCCGCCCAACAAAAUAGUCCUUCCCAUUGAAGAAGGGUACAGAUUUUGUUCUCUGUGUCAACGAUAUGUUUCUGUAGAGAAUCAACACUGUGAACACUGUAAUUCUUGCACAUCCAAGGAUGGCAGAAAAUGGAACCAUUGCUUUCUCUGCAAAAAGUGUGUAAAGCCUUCCUGGAUCCACUGUAAUACUUGCAGUCACUGCGCUCUUCCAGAUCAUUCUUGCCAGGGCCCUAAAGACGGCUGCUUUAUUUGUGGUGAAUUAGAUCAUAAACGCAGUACUUGUCCCAACAUCUCUACAACGAAGAAAGUUAACACAGCUGUCAGAAAGCAGAAGCACAGAAAAAGCAGUAAGAUGAAAAUGGAGACCACUAAAGGACAAUCCAUGAAUCAUACAUCUGUUACAAGGAAGAAGAAAAGGAGAGAAAGAGCCCAUCAAUAUUUUUGCUCUUAAAUGUCCAGUGACUUGAGAAUAAGAAAGAUUUAUAGUCCAACCUUUGAUGCCAUUUUCUGAAAGUGCCACACUGGACUUAAAAAAAACUUCUGUUGCUUUCAAAGGUAGGCACCUUUCUAAGCUUGAAAACAGGCAGGUGGUAUUGGCUGGUUUAUAGACCGCCACCCCACACACACACCCCCAAACCCCCUGCCAGCAGCCCUUUUGGAGACCUGGGGGCUUGUUCCAUCUUUAGCUGGUUUACUAGCUCUCAGUGCCUUUUUUCUCUUUUUAAAUCUCUUCCAGUCAUAUUAUUUCAGCCUCUUUUUUUUUUUUUUUUUUUUUUCUGAAAAAUGGGAAGAGGGCAUUCUUUUGCAGAAAGAAAGAAGAAAAUGAAAAUGAAAACCUGAGGUUUGGGAAGUUUCUGUUGUUGCUCAGUGGGUUACAAACCUGACCAGGAUCCGUGAGGUUGUGGGUUCCAUCCCUGGCCUCGCUCAGUGAGUUAAGGAUCCAGCAUUGCUGUGAAGUGUGGUAUAGGUCACAGAUGCAGCUCAGAUCCCAAGUUGCUGUGGCUCUGGCUGUGGUGUAGGCCAGUACCUGCAGGUCUGAUUCAACUCCUAGCCUGGGAACUUCCAUAUGCCACAGGUACGGCCCAGAAAUGAAGAAAACAAACAAAAAACCCCUAAGGUUUUGUUUACAUUGAACAUAAGUAUAUGUUGUUAGAUAUUUAAUUUUUUUUUCCUUUUAGGGCCACACUCACGGCAUAUGGAGGCUCCCAGGCUAGGGGUCGAAUUGGAGCUACACUGCUGGCCCACACCACAGCCAUAGCAACGCAGGAUCUGAGCUGCGUCUUCGACUUGCACCACAGCUCAUGGCAACGCCUGAUCCUUAACCCACGGAGCGAGGCCAGGAAUCAAAUCCACAACCUCAUGGUUCCUAGUCAGAUUUGUUUCUGCUGCACCACGGCAAGAACUCCUCUUGUUAGAUAUUUUAAAUUAAAUGUUAAAAUAUCAUACAAUGGCUUAAACCCCACUUGUAAGGAGAGAUACAAUGUACAGGUUUUUUUUUUUUUUUUUACACAGAAUCUGAAGAUAACGGAAAGAAUUUUGACAAAGGCAGUCUAAAGAUAUAAAGAUUAUUAUUAAAUAUUUAUUUUUCAAGUACUUUUUACAGUUGUCCUUUGAUGGUAUUGAAUCACCUAAAUGCUGAAUGAGUGAGGUACUUAGAAUUAAUUAUGACUUGCUCUGUUAUUGUAGUGCCUUCAGCAGUACGCUUCUCUGUAAAAGCAGUAGCAGAAGGCAGGAUGUUUUGGUGAUUAAAACUCCUCAUUCCUAUUCUGACACUUCCUGGUUGUAUGUUGUUGGCCAGGUCAUUCACUCUCAGGAAGCCCUAUUAUGAUAACGGGGACAAUACUAGUUAUACCUCAGGUUUAUGGUUCACUUAAAUGAGGUGCGUGAGCCUGGCUCUCAGUUCUCCUGUUAGUGGUGGGAAACAUUAACGAGGGAAGCUGGCUGCGAGCUGAUGGUCAGCGUCUGGUGGUCCAGGAGCAGAGCAUUGAAGGGAGUAGCUUGGACACUUGUCUCCCCGUUUCUCUGCUGGGUAUCUGACAGUAUUUCCUUAAGACUGAGGAGUGUUAAAUGGGCCUGCGUUUGCAAUAUAAUGACGUUUUCUUUCUUUCCCAAACGAUUUUAGAGCAGGUUUGGAGGCCUCUCAGCUGGGGCUGAGCUAGAGCCCUGUGAGUGAAAGUAUCUCGGAUUUGAGUUAGCAUGGUGUGAUGCCUCACAUGGAAUAUUCCAGUUGUGGCUCUGAUCACUGUGGUCCUGGUAGGUCAGGUAUGGCCCUAAUCCAUGCGGUCCUCAUAAAUCAGGUGACAUCAGAAGAUGAGCUGAGCUCCUGGACUUAACAAGCAUCUGAAAACUCUUCUCUGGCCCCCUUGUUAACAUGGGUUGCUAUGGUGAUAGGAGGGGCAGAUUUCAAGGUGACUGGAUGAGAUAUGAACCUCAUAGAAUUAUCGUGAGAGUGUCCCUCUGAUUCGGCCAUAGCGGUAGACAUUGCCUGACUAUCGUGGCGUUUAUGACCCUGUGGUAAAAAUCUAUUGAAAUCUCUCCGGAGGCUCAGACACCUGAGGGACCAGGACUGAUGAAGAGUUGGGUCCUGAUGACCUGUGGUUAUUUUCCUCACUAUAUGUUCUUAGUUUUAAGAUACCAUCAAUUGUAAAAUGCACUACUGAUGUAAUCAUACCUUAGGGGGAAGAAAAUACCCCUGUCUCAUUAAUUGUACAUAUUAAAUUUUAGAUGUCUUUUUUCAGAAAUACUGCGAUGUGGGAAAUAAGUCCAUCUUAGAAUCGAGCACAUAGGGUGUUCCUUAUAAGCAGGAAUUCUGUACAUUAAAACUUCUUAGAGAGUUAAAAAUA